AUGAAGGAUCACGACGGAACGGCCCAUCAAAGAAAACCCACGAAACUUAGGAACCUCACGGAUAAGACGGAGGCAUUUGAUUCCUUGCAUGUGAAAAAUGCUGAGAGAACUCUUUGCUCAAGUCAAGUUUGCCUCGGUAGUGUGAUGCAGCUACCGACCCACGGAACCGAGGCACGUACGAAGGAGGAGACAUUAAUUCACGCGAAAGACUUCCUGGAGCAAUAUUUCACUUCUAUCAGAAGGUUGAACAGCGAUGCUCACCGUGCCCGUUGGGAGAGCGUUCAAAGGGAGGUGGUGACAACUAGUACUUAUCAGUUGACGGAGACGGAAUUGGUUUUCGGCGCAAAAUUAGCCUGGCGAAACGCCGCGAGAUGCAUCGGUCGUAUACAAUGGUCAAAAUUACAGGUUUUCGAUUGUCGCUACGUUACGACCACGAGCGGUAUGUUCGAAGCUUUGUGCAAUCACAUAAAGUACAGCACAAAUAAAGGAAACAUCAGAUCAGCAAUAACAAUAUUCCCGCAACGGACUGAUGGAAAACAUGACUACAGAGUAUGGAAUCAGCAGUUAAUUAAUUAUGCAGGAUACAAAAAUCCAGAUGGCACCAUUCUUGGUGAUCCCGCCAAUGUGGAAUUUACAGAGGUCUGCAUGAAGCUGGGAUGGAAAGGCGCGCGAACCAGAUUCGACAUACUGCCGUUAGUUUUGUCCGCCAACGGACACGAUCCUGAUUAUUUCGAUAUUCCUAGUGAUCUGGUACUCGAAGUACCUCUCAGUCAUCCUGCAUACGAUUGGUUUGAGAAAUUGGGUCUCAAGUGGUUCGCUGUUCCGGCCGUGUCCGGGAUGGUUUUCGAUUGCGGAGGCCUGGUAUUCACAGCGGCACCUUUCAACGGCUGGUACAUGAGCACCGAAAUCGGCUCCAGAGAUUUAUGCGACACACAACGAUACAACAUGCUUCAAAUAAUAGCGACGAACAUGGGUCUAGACACAAGGACAUCCACAUCUUUGUGGAAAGACAAAGCAAUGAUUGAGACUAAUGUCGCGGUGCUGCAUAGUUUUCAGAUGAAGAAUGUGACGAUCGUGGAUCAUCAUACAGCUUCGGAAUCCUUUAUGAAGCAUUAUGAAAACGAGAUGCGUCUUCGAAAUGGUUGCCCCGCGGAUUGGCUGUGGAUUGUGCCGCCAAUAUCUGGGUCUGCAACACCGGUAUUUCAUCAGGAAAUGGCGCUCUAUCAUUUAAAGCCCUCUUACGACGCUCAGGAUCCAGCGUGGAAAACUCAUGUAUGGAAGAAAGGUCGCGACAAGAAGGCAACAUCAAAAAAACCAAGACGGAAGUUUCAUUUUAAGCAAAUUGCGAGAGCCGUGAAAUUCACAUCUAAAUUGUUUGGACGAGCAUUAUCGCGUCGAAUAAAGGCAACGGUGUUGUUCGCUACGGAAACUGGUACAUCACAGAUGUACGCGGAGAAACUGGGCGAGUUAUUAGGUCAUGCUUUUCAUUCUCAGGUACUUUCAAUGGCGGAAUACGACAUCAGUAACAUAGAACACGAAGCUCUACUGCUGGUAAUAACUUCUACUUUCGGAAACGGUGAUCCGCCAGAAAAUGGAGAGAUUUUUGCACAAAACUUAUACGCGAUGAAAAUGAAUGACGCCUAUAUAAACAGCGAAAAUAAAAUAAGUUUGGCGACCUCCAAGUCAUUUAUCAAAGCCAACAGCCAAACGGAAGUAAGUGGAUCGAAAAAAUUGGACAGACUGGAUUCCUUGCGCGGUUCCACGACGGACUCGCAAACCGAAGAUACUUUUGGGCCUCUCAGUAACGUUCGGUUUGCGGUAUUCGCAUUGGGCUCGUCGGCAUAUCCAAAUUUUUGUGCAUUUGGCCGUUACGUUGACAACUUGCUGGGCGAAUUAGGCGGAGAACGACUGGCGCGCUUGGCCCAGGGUGAUGAAAUGUGUGGACAGGAGCAGACUUUUCGGAAAUGGGCAGCUGAUACUUUCGCGGUCGCAUGCGAAACAUUCUGCUUGGAUGACGACGACACACUACUGGAAGUAGCCUUGUCUUUGGGUUCUGAAGCGUUAUCGGCGGCGACCGUUCGUUUUGUGGAAGUUGAGCCUCAACCGAUCGUCAAAGCGUUGAGCAAAUGCCACAACAGGAAUGUAACAAUGUGCAAUAUGCUUCGGAGAAGCAACAUCAGCGGCGAUGAAUCGAGCGGGACGACAUUGCUCCUGGAACUGGACGAUAUAAUGGGCUUGGAUAUCUCUUACAAACCUGGAGAUCACUUGGGAGUGUUUGCGUGCAACCGAGCGGAACUCGUAGAGAGAAUAUUGCAACGUGUACAAUCUACUUUCGACGUCGAUACAUCGAUUGAACUGCAAAUGCAAAAGCAAGCGCAUACUCCUAAUGGCAUCGUAAAAACGUGGAUAGCUCAUGAUAGAUAUCUACCGAAUUCUUUCAAGAUGCUACUGACUCGAUUUUUAGACAUUACGAUGCCGCCUACGCCAAAUCUGUUACGAUACUUCGCUUCGGUAGCUACAAAUCCAAAAGAACAGGCGCAACUUGAUCUUCUGGCCUCUGAUCCGGCAGCUUAUGAAGAUUGGAGACAUUGGAAAUUUCCCAAUCUGGCCGAAGUUUUGGAUGAGUUUCCAUCUGUGACUCCGUUCGCUCCGUUGCUUUUGCUUCAUCUGACACCCUUGCAACCGAGAUUCUACAGCAUUUCGUCAUCCCCUUGCGUACAUCGAGGACAAAUACAUCUGACAGUCGCAGUGGUGCAAUACCAAACGCAAGGUGGCUCUGGACCAGUUCAUUUCGGUGUUUGCUCUAAUUAUUUGCGGGAAAUAUCCGAAGGCGAAUUGCUAUACGUAUUUGUGCGUAGUGCACCAAACUUCUACAUGCCCACGGAAACUAAAGCACCGAUGAUAUUGGUAGGACCGGGCACUGGAAUUGCUCCUUUCCGAGGCUUCUGGCAUCACCGGCUCGCCCAGAUGAAACUUCAGCAGGACCAAGUGUUUGGCAAAGUUUGGCUGUUCUUCGGUUGUCGUCAAAAAAAUUUAGAUCUAUAUAGACAAGAGAAGCAGGAAAUGUUGGAAGCUGGCGUUUUGAACAAAGUGUUCUUAGCGUUAUCCCGAGAACCUGGUCUCAAAAAGACCUAUGUGCAAGAUUUGAUCCAAGCAGAGGCUCUUCAGAUUUAUACAAUGCUAGUGUACGAGCGCGGCCACUUCUACGUUUGCGGAGAUUGCACAAUGGCAGAGGACGUUUAUCAGACUUUGAAACAUAUUAUACAAACGCACGGCCAAAUGACGGAUAAAGAAGUCGAAGCGUAUAUGUUAUCACUCAGGGAUGAGAAUCGUUACCAUGAAGAUAUAUUCGGCAUAACAUUACGCACAGCCGAGGUACACAAUCGGUCGCGGGAGACCGCCCGAAUUCGGAUGGCCGCCGAGCCAUAAAAAUGUCAGACUGACAAAGCGUAUUCCAAGUGAUUCGCUUUUACGAGAAAUGGGUUGCUAUCAUAUUAAUAAUUGUGACGUCAUAUCAUUCCGUAUGGGAAACUCCUUUUUAUUUACAAGUAGAGCGUGAUCGAUCCCCUAAUUUUUUAGAAGACGUUUCGUCCGCUAUUUUCGUAGAUACGUACAUCAGCGAUUGUUGUAUGAAAUAU